CAAGCAGAGUUUGGGCAGCCGCUCUGAUAACGAAGACCUUUAUAAGUUAGAUGAGAGGAGAAGUCCCUACACAGACCCCUGAUCCUCAGACAGACAAACAUGCAUCUAAAAAUCGCGAUUUACGUCCUGUCAUUCUUGACAAUUUCAGCAUACCCACUCCACCGUAACACCAGGGAAGCAGUUUGGGCUGAUUCAAAGUCCAACCAGGCUCAUGACAAGACAGACCUCACAAAGGAUGUGGAUAAGAUCUACAAGAGUCACAUAGACAGCAGUAGCCUUUACAACCAAGAAGAUGAGGACAACAAAAACCCUGUGGCAGAGGAGAUGCAACGCAAACUCAACAUGGAGUCAGAGCGUCUGCGUAACCGUCUACGCCAAGAGCUGGCUGAGCUGCAGGAGAGAUUGUCCCCAUCUCCAGCCCACCUCAGCACCACUCUGGCCAGCAUGAGGGAGCGCUUGGCUCCCCUGACCCAGCAGCUCCAGAGCUCCCUCAGCAGUAACACUCAAGAUCUGUGUGGCCAACUGAGCCUCUAUCUGCAGGGCCUGGAGACAGCAGAGGCCCAGGCAGAGGCCAGUCCGGCUCUCUACCAGGAAGCCUUCCACUGGAUGACACAAACCCUGGAGCACAGCAGCUCCAAGCUGGCUGACAUCAUCAGCGACUUCCAAACUAAAACUGUUGGGGUGAUCGAACAUCUGAAAGAGAUCAGUGCUAGUGAGGAGGAGUCAGCCAAGUCGGAGCUCUGGCAGGUAAUGAGCUCCAGGUUGGGACAGGAAGUGAGCUCACUGAGGGUGGAGACACAAAGCAGGGUGGGGGCUCUCAAAGCAGAGCUCGCUACUCUGCUAGAAACAGCACAACCACUUAAAGCCGACAUGACAGCCAGUAUGGAGCAGUUCUGCCAAAAUGCAGCCCUGCAGAGCCAGGUGUUUCAGGCCCGGAUAGAGAAACUAUUUCAGGAACUAGAAGAGGAGCUGAAGGUCCAAAGAGCCUCCAGUCUGUUUCUUUCCUCUUCCUCCUCAUCCAUACAGCCUGGUGGCUCUUUGCAGGAGGACUUCUCAGUUAAACUCUCUGCUCUGAUCCAGGACAUUAUGCAUUCAGUGCAGUGACAGAGACAUUUGUACAUUUUUUAGAAAAAAUAAUAAUUAACUGCUAUGAUGGUCCCAUCAAAGUGAGUCUUGUCCAUGAAUUUGUUUUGUUUUGGUUUGGUUUGGUUUGGUUUGUUUGGUUUGUUUGUUUGUUUGUUUGUUUGUUUGUUUGUUUGUUUGUUUGUUUGUUUGUUUGUUUGUUUGUUUGUUUGUUUGUUUGUUUGUUUGUUUGUCCACUGUAUCAGCCAAGUAAGUAGCCUGUAAAUAUUUGUGAAUGUAUGGAUUUAAUUAAUGUAUUUGUUUCAUUGUGCAUGUGAGUGAGAGCCUAAUUGUCAGUACAUGUUUACUGUACCAUGUAGAAAGAUGCUGCCUGUGGAGAGCAAAGUUGACUGAUAAUACAAAUUACCUGUUGCUGUUUCUUAAUCAUGUAAUCAGCUACAGAGUGCAACACCAACCUGAUUUUAAACUUUAUUUUGAAUCUGUACAAAACACAUAUUCCAUAUCUGAAUUUGCUCAAAAAAUAUGUUUUAAUCAAUGCAAUUGAGAUUAUGUACAAGAUGCCCAGUACAAGGCAUUAUCAGGCAUCAUCAAAGCCAAGUUAUACUUUUAUAAAAUAUUAAAAUUACUCUGUUCUUUA